GUCAAAAUCGGGGUCAUCCUCCCCGGCAGGGCGUCGAUCCUGUUCUCCCUCAACAAGAGCAGGUCGUCCAUCGAGCUGGCCGCGGAGAAGAUCAUCGGCCCCGACGGCUCCCUGCCAGGGUACAAGGUUCAGAUCGUCUUCAGGGAUUCCAGGUGCUCGGAAACGUUCGGGCCCCUGAACGGAAUAGACUUGUACGUUCGGAAGCUGGCCUACGUGUUCAUCGGUCCGAGCUGCGACUUCGCCACGGCGCCACUCGCCAGGUUCACGUACUACUGGGGUAAGGGGAUACCUAUCAUGACCGCUGGCAGCCUCGUUGGGGCUUUUGCAGACAAGCAGGAGUAUCGGCUUCUCACAAGAAUUCAGGUAGAGCACAAAUUAUUCAAUUAG